AUGCAAGAGAUAGACAGGCCUGCUGACCCUAUCCUUCUUCCAUACUCACAGCGAGUCCAUUGUGCUUACGAACGAGUGGAGCGUCUUCAAUGCGAGUUGUGCGUGGAGUUUCGCCUAAACUGUUUAUGGCCUUUCUUGUUUUCGAGUGCCCCCGCCUUCGGAAAGGAUACUCCUAGGGGUACCUUAGUUCUCCAUAGGCGUCUGAAGGGGGAGUGGAGUGAAGGCAUUCUCUUGGGACGCCAGCUUACUAUACUAAGAGAAGAGGGCGCUAUUGUUCAGUGGGACGCCCACGCAGCGGGGAUAUGGGGCGGGGGGACAAACAAAGCAAGAGGGGGGAACUCGUUUUCACGAGCCCGAGUGGUUAUCACACACCCUCGGUUGCUGCUCUUUAACGACAGCAACGGCCCACUUCCAACGGUGUUAACUAUAAGACAACUACCUACUCACCCACUUGGAGACCAUCUUCUCAAUGUAAUCGACCCUCAGACCCUCCAACACCACUAA